AUUCGCGCAAAAUCUGCUCAAUUUGUUUUCAGUAUAGAUUUAGCAUGAAGCGCGAACGCUUAGAAGUAAAUUUAAGUGCGAUAAAACUAAAUUUGCUAAAAAUUUUAAACGCGUUUUUGGGGGUGUGAAAUCAGCAAAAAAAAGUGUUUCAAAAGUGACAAAAGCGUUUAAAAAUAGAAUUGAAGAACGCAAAAAAAUUUUAAAAAAAGUUUUGCAAAGUAAAGAAAGAUUUUGGAGAAUAAAAAAUGUUCGCACCGAAAAUUCAACAAAAGUGUGGAACAAAUUAAAAUUGAUUAAACCUCUACGGAAGAAAAACGUUGAGCAAACGCCCCUUUUUCCUAUGUUACCAUGACAACACUUUUAGUACGUAAGACAUCACAUACUUUUUUGUUGCUGUUGCUAUGCCUACACUUCAUUGCAUUUGUUGCCAAUGCAGAGGCGCAGUGGCAGCGGCGGCGGCAGCGGAAUCGACGACAACGUCUACCCUAUGCAAUGACUGAAGAACCCUCCGACGGUUAUGAUGAUGAUGACGCGGAAUCAAACGACGUGACUCCUUAUCAGCAGCGCUCCUCCUACCGGCGGAGCAAUGCACGUCGCAGACAAUUUGAUGUAGACGAUGCAAACUAUCAACAACUAAAUAAUCGUCAGUUGACAACAUCAGGCUCACAACAACUGACGCGGCGUCAACUACGUAAAGACCAACGACGUCUACCGAAGCAAGCAAGAGGUCAAAUGCGGUCUGGUGAAAUGCAAAUGGACGGAAAUAAAUGCCAUAUUUGGGUGCCCACCGAGGUGGUUGACAAGUACCCCUACGCGCAACGCAUCCAACAAGAUCAACGCAAUCAACAACAAAAAAUACAAGUCUGCUGUGCUGGCUAUGCGCCAAUGCGUUGGCGUGGCAAUACCAUCUGCAAGCCAGUUUGUGACAAUUGUCGCAACGGUCACUGUGUUGCGCCCAACGAAUGUGAAUGCUUCGACAAUUUUGUGGCCAAUGAUAAUGGCGAUUGUGUAUUCACUUGCCCGCUGGGUUGUCUCAAUGGUCGCUGCUUUCUCGAUGGCACCUGUCAAUGUGAUCCCGGCUACAAAUUGGAUGAGACACGUAAGUUUUGUCGACCCAUUUGCAGUAGCGGCUGUGGCAUGAAUCCGCGACACAAUUGCACUGAACCCGAGGUGUGUGGCUGCGCGAAAGGAUAUCAACUAACUGAUGAAGGCUGCCAGCCGGUAUGCGAUCCGGACUGCGGGGAGGGCGGCGAGUGUCGCGAGCCCAACGAAUGUUACUGUGCGCCUGGCUAUGAGCUGAAGGAGGGCGUGUGUCAGCGGGAGUGUUAUCAAAAAUGUGAUAAUGGCAUUUGUUAUAGCAUUAAUCGGUGUAUCUGCAAUCCUGGUUUCACAUAUCAUGAACGCUCGACGCAAUGUGUGCCAAAUUAGUUUUAGUUUUUCUGGCCUAUGUUUGUAGAUUUAAAUACACUUUGCAGUAUAUGGGGAUGUAUACUUAUCAUAGUUUUAAUGUGAUAGCUAUAUAUACAUUUGUUUAGUAUAUUUAUUUAAGAGAUUUGAAAAAAAAACGUCUUCUUUACACCGAAAA